UCCUCCCUUCCCUCCCCUCCGCCCCCUUCCCCGUAGGCAGGCCGCCCGCCCGCCCGCCCGCACUGCCUCGCUGUCGGACCCUGGCGCUCGGGCUGGGUCGCUCCCCGCCCCCCAGGCUCUCCGGGUCGCUCUCCUCACGCGGUCCCCCGCGCUCGGUGGAUGUGGCUGGCAGCCGCCGCCCCCUCCCUCGCUCGCCGCCUGCUCUUCCUCGGCCCUCCGCCUCCUCCCCUCCUCCUUCUCCUCAGCCGCUCCUCUCGCCGCCACCGCCGCCUCCACAGCCUGGGCCUCGCCGCGAUGCCGGAGAAGAGGCCCUUCGAGCGGCUGCCCGCCGACGUCUCCCCCAUCAACUACAGCCUGUGCCUCAAGCCCGACCUGCUGGACUUCACGUUCGAGGGCAAGCUGGAGGCCGCCGCCCAGGUGAGGCAAGCAACCAAUCAGAUUGUGAUGAAUUGUGCUGAUAUUGACAUUAUUACAGCUUCAUAUGCACCAGAUGGAGAUGAAGAAAUACACGCGACAGGAUUUAACUAUCAGAAUGAAGAUGAAAAAGUCACAUUGUCUUUUCCUAGUACUCUCCAAACAGGUACAGGAACUUUAAAGAUAGACUUUGUUGGAGAGCUGAAUGACAAAAUGAAAGGUUUCUAUAGAAGCAAGUAUACUACCCCUUCUGGAGAGGUACGCUAUGCUGCUGUCACACAAUUUGAGGCUACUGAUGCCCGGAGGGCUUUUCCUUGCUGGGAUGAGCCUGCUAUCAAAGCAACUUUUGAUAUCUCAUUGGUUGUUCCUAAAGACAGAGUAGCUUUGUCAAACAUGAAUGUAAUUGAUCGGAAACCAUAUCCUGAUGAUGAAAAUGUAGUGGAAGUGAAGUUUGCCCGCACACCUGUUAUGUCUACGUAUCUGGUGGCAUUUGUUGUGGGUGAAUAUGACUUUGUAGAAACAAGGUCAAAAGAUGGUGUGUGUGUUCGUGUUUACACCCCUGUUGGCAAAGCAGAGCAAGGAAAAUUUGCGUUAGAGGUUGCUGCUAAAACUCUGCCUUUUUAUAAGGAGUACUUCAAUGUUCCUUAUCCUCUUCCUAAAAUUGAUCUCAUUGCUAUUGCAGAUUUUGCAGCUGGUGCCAUGGAGAACUGGGGCCUUGUUACUUAUAGGGAGACUGCAUUGCUUAUUGAUCCAAAAAACUCCUGUUCUUCAUCACGCCAAUGGGUUGCUCUGGUUGUAGGACAUGAACUCGCCCAUCAAUGGUUUGGAAAUCUUGUUACUAUGGAAUGGUGGACUCAUCUGUGGUUAAAUGAAGGUUUUGCCUCAUGGAUUGAAUAUCUCUGUGUAGACCACUGCUUCCCAGAGUAUGAUAUCUGGACUCAAUUUGUUUCUGCUGAUUACACUCGUGCGCAGGAGCUUGAUGCCUUAGAUAAUAGCCAUCCUAUUGAAGUCAGUGUGGGCCAUCCUUCUGAAGUUGAUGAGAUAUUUGAUGCUAUUUCAUAUAGCAAAGGUGCCUCUGUCAUCCGAAUGCUACAUGACUACAUUGGGGAUCAGGACUUUAAGAAGGGAAUGAAUAUGUAUUUAACCAAGUACCAACAAAAGAAUGCUGCCACAGAGGAUCUCUGGGAAAGUUUAGAAAACGCUAGUGGUAAACCUAUAGCAGCUGUGAUGAAUACUUGGACCAAACAAAUGGGAUUCCCCCUAAUUUAUGUGGAAGCAGAACAGGUAGAAGAUGAUAGAUUAUUGAGGUUGUCCCAAAGGAAGUUUUGUGCCAGUGGACCAUAUGUUGGGGAAGACUGUCCCCAGUGGAUGGUUCCUAUCACAAUCUCUACAAGUGAAGAUCCCAACCAGGCCAAACUGAAAAUUCUAAUGGAUAAAACAGAGAUGAGUGUAGUUUUGAAAAAUGUCAAACCAGAACAGUGGGUGAAGUUAAACCUGGGAACAGUUGGAUUUUAUAGAACCCAAUACAGUUCAGCUAUGCUGGAAAGCUUAUUGCCAGGCAUUCGUGACCUUUCUCUGCCCCCUGUGGAUCGACUUGGAUUACAAAAUGACCUCUUCUCCUUGGCUCGAGCUGGAAUCAUUAGCACUGUAGAGGUUCUAAAAGUCAUGGAGGCUUUUGUGAAUGAGCCCAAUUAUACUGUAUGGAGCGACCUGAGCUGUAACCUGGGGAUUCUCUCAACUCUCUUGUCCCACACAGACUUCUAUGAGGAAAUCCAGGAGUUUGUGAAAGAUGUCUUUUCACCUAUAGGGGAGAGACUAGGCUGGGAUCCCAAACCUGGAGAAGGUCAUCUUGAUGCACUUCUUAGGGGUUUAGUUCUGGGAAAAUUAGGAAAAGCAGGACAUAAGGCAACAUUAGAAGAAGCCCGUCGUCGGUUUAAGGACCAUGUGGAAGGGAAACAAAUUCUCUCAGCUGACCUGAGGAGUCCUGUCUAUCUGACUGUUUUGAAGCAUGGUGACGGCACUACCUUAGACAUUAUGUUAAAGCUUCACAAACAAGCAGAUAUGCAAGAGGAGAAAAAUCGAAUUGAAAGAGUCCUUGGGGCUACUCUUUCACCUGAAUUGAUUCAAAAAGUCCUCACGUUUGCACUUUCGGAAGAGGUACGUCCACAGGACACUGUAUCAGUAAUUGGUGGUGUUGCUGGAGGCAGCAAACAUGGAAGGAAGGCUGCUUGGAAAUUUGUAAAAGACAACUGGGAAGAACUUUAUAAUCGAUACCAGGGAGGAUUCUUAAUAUCUAGACUAAUAAAGCUGUCAGUUGAGGGAUUUGCAGUUGACAAAAUGGCAGGAGAGGUUAAGGCUUUCUUCGAGAGUCACCCAGCUCCUUCAGCUGAGCGUACCAUCCAGCAGUGUUGUGAAAAUAUCUUGCUGAAUGCUGCUUGGCUAAAGCGUGAUGCCGAGAGCAUCCACCAGUUUCUCCUUCAGCGGAAGGCCUCACCACCCACAGCGUGAACCCUACGCGUGACGGCACUGCGGUUCUGCUGCUUCGCUGCAGGGAUAAGGUGGAGCUACCGAACAGCUGAUUCUUAUGCCAAGAAUUUGGAGUCUUCUUUCAAACCAGUGGGGGUUGGACAAUGAAUGUAGUUAACUGGUUCCUGCUCACACUCCAGAAUUGAAUUCUAUUGAAAAAGGAAAAUCAGCAAUUCAGCAAAAAGUAAAAAAAAAAAAAAAUGUAAAUAUGAUAGUAAUAAAAUAGAGCAUAACGAAACUGUGAAACUUCCUGAAGCCUUGUCAGUGGUUAAAAGUAUUUAACACUCUCCUAUUAAUGACAGAUGUUCUGUUUUUAUAACCUACCAAAAGGAAACUAGAGGCUUCUGGGUGAAGAGGAAUUUUGUGAAGCGGGUUGUACAAGCAGCCUGUAAGCCAAGGGUGGUAUCCAUUGCUAGAAAUGGUUAAACAUGAAAGGCUGAUAGCUGGUAUAACAUAGUCUGUGCAUAAUUCCAAGUGAUUUGAAGUGGGGGGCAUGGGGACUGAUCAGGAAGACAUAUUUUCCUGCAUAACUCAAUCUGAACUAAGGAUUGUAGUUUUCCUCCUUGUCUUCCCUUCUGUGUGACCCCCUGAACCUCCUUAUCUCCCUCCUCCCCCAAAAAAAUAUUUAGAAAAACCUAACCUGGUCUGGGUUUUUUUUCCCUCUCCUUAAUUCCACCCCUCCCACCUCUGGUGUCCUUCGUAGAGAUAAAUAUGGAGACAUCUUUUAUAGCCACAUUAAAUAAGAGAACUGAUUGAUAUUUUUUCUUUUUUAAUUUGACUUUUAAGAUCCCUGAAAUGCAUAUAGAUGAGACAAUAGAAAAGAAAAAGCAUUCAACAGUUAGACCUUCCUGAGUUAUUCUGCUGGAAAUGGUCCUAAUUGUUUGAUAGGCCAAUUACUGAACAUCUUUUAUGACAGUAUAAAACGGCAUCUCCUGGUCAUUGUGGGCGUGUAAGUAGUCAGUGGUAACUGGUUAAACCACAGGGACUGUGUGUGCCACUCUGCUUCAACAGUGUAGCCUGCUAAUAAGCCUCACCUGUCUAAUCCAGUGAGUUUUAAUUCUAAAUCUUAAUCCUUUCCUCUUUCCCUACCACUUUUCUUCCACUUUUAAAUAAAAACAUUUUUGUGUUAUUAACAGGAAUUCAUACUUGGUGUGGCUCAACUGUAUUUCAGAAGGUCAUCAGAUUGUGAGAUUGCUUCCUUGAAACAUUUUUGUGCUAUGUUUUAAAAAUAAUAAUAAUUAAAAAAACAGUUGGCGUUAAUAAAAAUGUCAAUGUGAAAUUGA